UCUGAAUGGACCGAAAGCCCCAGGGGGGCCGGGAGUGGGGAAUUCAAGCUUCAAAUAUUCGGUAUUUUAAGGGGGGAGUCUGUCACCGUUUUCCACGAGCGCAGGAAUUCCCUGGGUUCCAGGUUAUAAAUGGCGCGAGGCUCUUAGGGAGGCAGCAGUGCGCGGAGCUUCGGCAAGAAGACAAGACGACGACCGGGACCAGAAGAGAGUGAGAACCCGCUGUUUUGUGGUGGUAUCAUAAUUGAAAUCGUCUUUCAGCCCAUUCGCGCACCAUGGCUUUGACCUUGAUGGCCAUGUUUAUAAUUCCCGCAUCUGGUCUUUCAUUCGUGUCGCUGAGCCCGAAAGACCCCGUGUGGAGAGCCGGGGACCGCGGGGAGCUGCGCUGCAGGGCGGCCGGAUGCACCGCGCCGGCCUCCUUCUCCUGGACGUCCCUGGAGGACAAGCCGCUGUACAGCGCGGCCACGAGCAACACGAGCGAGUCCGCGCUCCUCUUCGAGCGCGUGCGGCCGCAGCACGAGAACCUGGUGCUGUGCAGAGUGACGUGCGGAGGGCAGACGAAGCAGCAGCGCGCCAAGAUCCGGGUCUACUCCUUUCCAAAGGAGCCCGUGAUCACAGGGAACGAGGAGAUGCUGAUGGGCGAGAACAACACCCUCACCUGCACGGUACCGGAUGUCUACCCACCAGAGAACCUGCACAUAACGUGGCUGCGGGGGGAGACGGUCCUUCACCAGGAAAUGGGAGCGGAAGGUCCCAUGACGAACGUGUCCUCCAAAUACACGUACACCCCGACACCUGAGGACAACGGGAGGACAAUUACUUGCAGAGCUAGGCAUGAGUUAGAGGGUGUUCCCGAAGAACAGAGCUCCAGGGAGACUAGCGCUACCAUGAACGUCUUGUAUGCCCCUCAGGACAUUAGGAUAUCAGAGAUGACCGUGGUGCAAGAAGGAGAGAGCUUCACUCUCACCUGUGAAGCGGACGGAAAGCCGAGACCUGAGAUCCGAUGGAGGAAACUUGGGGAGGGGGGGGAUCCGGUCACGGUGGGGGGAGGCAAGAGCCUCAUUUUUCGCGAGGCGAUGCCAUCCCACGCAGGUGAAUACGAGUGUGAGAUGAGCAACACGGUUGGACACAAAACCGCGAGAGUGGGAGUUACUGUUCAAGGACCUCCAAGAAACACAACCAUUGUGGUGACCCCAGCUGGAGAGCUGAAGGAGGGAGACAUUGUGACCAUCAGCUGCAACUCGCAGGCUAUCCCAGCACCUCAUGUGGUUCUGCGCAGACUCCCCGAGCACCAGGGAACCGACCUGCAGUCGAACCACAGCCCUACCGCCUUUGUAAAGCUGUCUCCAGCCAAGCUGGCCGAUGCCGGCCUGUACGAGUGCGAGGCCAGCAACCAAUUCGGCAGCCAGAAAGACAGCACUCUGCUCCAUAUAACAGCAUUUCCCCUUGAGGUGGAUCUGAGCCCAGGUAAUGGUGUGAUCACCGUGGAAAUGGGGUCCAGCCUUCUUCUGUCAUGCAGAGCCACCGGCUGUCCUAGCCCAGUUUUCUUUUGGAAGAACCGGCUGGACGGACCUGUUCGUAGCCGGGUGGAGACCCAGGGCAACGUCUCCGAGGUCCUCCUCCAACCAGCAGAGCUGAUGGAUGACAGUGCCUACACCUGCGAGGUUCACUGUGGCUCAGUGCGCAAGGUCCGCCACACAGAGAUCAAAGUCUUUUCCUUUCCCACAGAUCCUGUUAUUGUGAGCGCUGAGGCCCUUGUGGAAGGACAGCAGGCUGCCAUUGGCUGUGUUGUAAGCAAUGUUUUCCCAGCCAGCCUCCUGCAGAUCCAGUGGGUACAUCAGGACGGUCUAGUGCUUCUAGAAGAUGGCCCUUUUGAUGGUGGACUCAGGAAUGUGACCUCCGUGCUGUCCUUCACACCUGGAGCUAAUGAUCAAGGCAGACAGAUCUUCUGCAAGGUCACUCUGAACAUGGAGGCUGUGCCUAGGAACCAGAGUCAGAAAUCUGUGUCGACCACAAUACAUCUGCACUAUCCCCCAAGAAACACGUCCAUUGUGGUGAGUCCUGCCGGAGAGCUGAAGGAGGGAGACCAUGUGACCAUCACCUGCGUGUCAGACAGUAUGCCGGCGAGCCGUGUGACUCUGCGCAGAGUGUCCGAGGGCCAGAGCGUUGAUCUGCAGUCUAGUCCUGAGAACUCCAUCUCCGUCACACUGUUUCCUGCAAAGCUGGAUGAUGCUGGCCUGUAUGAGUGUGUGGCCAGCAACCCGUACGGAACCCAGAAGGUCAAAACUCAAAUUAGAGUGAAAGCCCCUCCCAGGAACACAACAGUGGAGGUGUUCCCUUCCCUGCAGGUGCUAGAGGGCCAGAACAUCACCAUCUGCUGCAAGAGCAUCAGCUUUCCUCCACCAGCUGUGGUCCUAAAGAAGAUGGACAGCGGCAAGGAGCUGUACUCACCUGAUGGCACCUUCCUCCUCCUGAACCUCACCACCAACGACACAGGAUUGUAUCUGGUCAACGUCACCAACGACCUGGGCUACGAGACCGAAAUAUUCAUUCUCCAUGUCAUGGAGAGAAGCCCCAGCCCUCAGCCCAGAUGGCACGAGUUCAUUAUCCCUGCUGUCGGACUGGUAACCACGGUAACCACUGCCAGCCUGAUCAUUCAUUACCUUCGGAAGGCCCGGAUGAAGGGAUCCUAUGAGCUCGCCAAGUGCAAUGCAGGAGCUUUGUAGACUUCAUGGUGGAGUCACAUUGGGCAAAGAAGCUGUCCAGAGGUAGCCGGACUGGAACCACUUGCACACAGAGCUCUGAAGUAAUGAAGGAUGCAGUGAACUCACUCAUCAGUUUCCUGUCCAAGAACUUCUUUAAAAAGAAGCACAAUUCGCGAUCGUCUCCCCUGGGUGUGAUUCACCCGAGGUUAAUACUUUAUGACGUGUCCGAGGGAGGUUCGUCACUCCCGGCAGAGAGACUGUUUAUGCCUGAACAGCUCAGCUGUGGGGAUACCUCCUUCAGACAGAGACUGAACCCAAGCGCAGAUAUGACAGGGACCCCGACAUCUCCAUCUUCAGCUGCUCGCUGCAUCUCUCACCCUUGCGCUUCCAGCUUUAGCAGCUUUUACUUGAAACAGGUAAAAAUUUAAGGUGCAGUAGCAAAACGCAAGGAAACCGGGUUUUGCUGAAGCUGCGGUGAACAGAUUUAACAGGUACAUUCCACCAGGGUCAGAAGAAAUGGCUCCCAGUUAAAGGAUGAUUUGAAUGUCUUGAAGAUGACACUAAUCCACAUCAAGCUGUUGCUAAUGAAACGAUUAUUUCACCCUGACCUUUUGUAUUACCGCUUUUGUACACACGUGUACAUUUUCGUAUAUAUUGAUGUGAAUCGUGCUUUAAGUCGGAUUUUGAACGUGUGACUGGAAUGACUAAGUGUAGCGAUGUAGAACAUCUUGACUGAAAGCGGUUACCGUGGAGGUACACAGAUGUCACCGAGGCAGCUAGCGAGGGGACAUUUCAUCGUCUUUCUUUAGUAACCCGAUCGUUGUACGUUCUACAGGGUAAUACAGACAGAAAAACUUGUUUACUUUAACUGUGAUUAUGAAGUCAAAGUCCAAAAGUCUGGUACGUUAAUAUAUUUUUUUUAAAGCAUGUGAAUGACAGUUUGCUUUUUUGGUGGUGUUCUUCCCACAUGAUACGCUGAAGUGAUCCACCAUCGCGAUGAUUUCAGAUGUCCCAGACUGGUUCUAAGAAAAAUCGCUGUAUA